AUGGAGGAACAGGCAAAGUUGGCUGGUGAGGAAGAUCGCCUAAAAGGCGUGUCACUCCGAUACAUGCCAAACAGCUUCGUGAAUGCCGAGGCCAUUACCGCCUUGAACAUUGCAAAGGGCCUGGGCAGUCGCUUCCUGUUCACGUCGAUGAACAGCCAGAUGUUCAACAAGUUCGCACCUGUGAUGGUCGCGGAAGGAUUCAUGGGGCCCGACUGGCAGAUCUUGGGAUCGGAGUCGGCCACAACGUAUGGUCCUGAGAUGACGGAUGCAGAUCUCCCCAUCGGCUUCCAGCGUUGGAAUCCUGUGAGCCGAGGCACCAAGUUCCCACUCUUCACGGACAUGUGGAAGUUGAUGAAUACCAACGAUGUUACCAGCGCUGCCGCACGAACUCGCUACGGCAUUGACAACUUCAAGGUGCCCCUCGCUUCGGCAACCGUUCCCGCCAUCGUCGACAGCGACUUCACCGAUGUGGUGCUUCCAAGCUACGACACAUUCCUUUUUGACGCUCUCUACACCUUGGUGAUUGCGAUCAACAACCUCCUGAAUCAGGGCAAUGCCCUGUCCGCCAUCCAGGGUGAGUUGCUCCUGACCGAAGUCAGGCAGACCAGCUUCACCGGAAUCUCAGGCCAGGUUUAG